CCGUUCUGACUGGGUUCGGCCAUGGCGCCCGAGGCCCCCGCGGACACAGCAGGCCCGUCCUCUCCACCGCCUCGACUGCCAGAAGGAUGGCUCGCCCAGUGGGAGGGCGUCCAACGAAAAUGGUAUUUCGUCCAGCGUACAACGGGCAAGUCGCAAUGGGACAUCCCAACCGAACCCGUCCUCCUCACGCCAUCAACGACACCGAUACCCGGGCCGGGACCCUCACAAGCGCCGAAUUUGAGCCAAAUGGGCAAUAGCUCGCGGGCAGUGGAGAUUGGAGAUACAAAGGCGGACAUGAAUCGUUCUGCGGCGGACAGUGCGACAGUUUCCAGCUCCGGUCAUUCCCCGAUGUAUGGGGGGUCGGAAAACCCUAUGCAUGGGUCUGCAGGAGUCCUAGGUCCGUAUUCGAAUCAGACCGGUCAGCACAUGCCCGGGGCAUAUGCGCAACAUCAUGCCGGGACCGAAGGUGGAUAUGGCUCAAGGCCGCUGCAGCACGCUGCACAAAUUAACGGUGCCCAGCCCACUUUCUAUUCAAUGCCUGGGCAUCCUGGCUAUCAACACGCCCCACAACACUUGAACCAAGGUAUUCCUAGUGCGGCCUGGGGAAAUGCUGCUCCUUUCCAGAGUUACUCAGGCUUUGGGCAAGGCUACCAUUCAGAACCAUUCCAAGGGUUUUCUACGGGCCCAUCAGCUUCAUUGUGGAAAGGAAGCCAGACCCCUCAAGGGCAGAUGACAGGACAGAUGGCAAGUAUAGCGAUCUCUCAGCCACAAUGGCAAACUGAGUCGCAAUCGAACCAUUCAAAUGGUCACGGUGAUCACAUCCCAAUGAAUGCCCACUCGUCAACCCUAUCCCAGCCAUUCUUUGGAUCUUAUUCCUCCCAUAACGGCCCCGAACAGUCAACGAGGGAGUUCCCAUCUAGGUCCUCGGAUACAUCCCUCCCUCGGGAAGGUCAACCGUCUCAGCUAUCCAUGGACGGCUUUCCCGAACAUUCGCCUCAGUCGGUGACGGAUCAAGCGAUAUCAAGCCACAGCUACCCCGUCUCCCGGUCACAACCACAACACCCUUCUACCGAUCCUGCGCUGCAGGGAUUCUCACCCUUGCAGCACGCACAAGCUCAAUACCAGCAGCAGCACAUGUUACGAAUCCACCCAGGGCCUGGUAUAAACCCUCAAAGCCAGCAUGGCCAACAGGGAAAUAUUAACCAAUACCAAAACCCGCUGGGCCCCAUUGGUUCCAACGGUUACAUGCCGCAACAGCAAUUUGGACACUCGGGUGGAGGUACAGGCUUCUCUGAAACGGCGCACCAAAUGGCCUAUACCCAGUCAAGCCAUGCACCAGGAACCACCCGACAGGCACCUUUCGAGUCUCAGUUCGUGAGCGGGCCUUGGAAGUCCACACCCCCCAGCUCUGGCCCGCCGUAA